ACAUCCCCCAAUGUAAAAUAUAUAUUAACAGUAUCAACAACAUCUCCCAUCCUUUCCAAGCGACCAUAAGGAAUCACCACUUCAUCACGUGGAAAGAGCUUCGUCUCUCAGACCCGCCAUGUUGCAAUACUUCCGUGAAGCCCCACCAAUCUCCAGGACUCUAGCAGCAAUAACGUUCGCCCUCUCCCUCCUCGUCUACACCUACGUCCUCUCCUACUCCAACUUCGCUUUCCGUCCCCAAGCCUUCCUGCAACUGCCGCCCGAACUCUGGCGGCUCUUCACCCCUUUCUUCCUCACUGAGCGAGGGAUUGGGGUUCUAUGGGAUACGUACUUCUUGUAUACCUAUGGAGCGAAGCUGGAGGUUGCUUCGCCUAGAUUCUCUCAGCGCGCGGAUUUCUUUGCUUAUAUUUGUUUCGUUUGUCUUGUUAUUUUGGGCCUAAACAUCGUCAUCGGCGGCACGGCCUUCGCGACCCCCCUCGCACUAGCAUUCAUCACAACCUCCACCAUCGACUCCUGGGGCCUCCCCGUCUCCCUCCUCGGCCUCGCCACCUUCCCAUCGCAAUACCUACCCUACGCAUUCCUCCCCACCACCCUCCUAAUCAGCGGGCCGAUCGGCGCCCUCAUCCACGGCACCGGCCUCGUCGGAGCCCACCUGUACGACCUGCUGACCGGGCUGUACCCGCAGUAUGGCGGGCCGAGAAGGAGUUUGAUCGCGACGCCCGGAUGGAUGAGGCGGCUGUGGGGCACGAGGGCGGAGCUCGUGAGACCGUAUGGCACGGUGCUGAAUGCGAAUGCGGCUGUUGGGGCGGCUUCGGAUGGCGUUGGAGUGUCUGCGUGGGGUGUUGGGUGGGGGAAGUGGGGGGAGGGACAGAGGCUGGGAGGCGAUGCUGAGGGAUCCGGAGGGUUGGUGGACUACGAUUAA